AUGCAGGGACAGCCAGUGUCUAGACACCCGAGCUGCCGGUCACCCGGCGCCGGCGACCGUCGCCACACAGACCAGGACACUGCCGCUUUUCCCGCGCUCGGAGGAAACGGGGAGGACAUUCAGACUCCGGCGGCGAAGAACGGCGAAGGAAGAGAGGGGAAGAAGGGAAAAAAGAAGGAAAGAGUGAAAAUGCCGCCAAGGGAGAAGGCGUGCGAUCCAGUGGCCGAGCAGCUGCUAAAGGACGGCAAGAGUGAAGAGCUGGAAAGAGAGUUCGUGGGGGCUGUCUACGAUCGGAUCGCGAAGCACUUCUCUCACACAAGGUACAAACCUUGGCCGAAAGUGCGCGCAUUUCUUGAGGACUUGCCUCGGUACUCGCUCGUCGUCGAUGUCGGUUGCGGCAACGGAAAGUAUCUUCAAUGCGUCCCCUGUGGCCAAGGCAUCGCGGAUGCAGUGAUUUCCAUAGCGGUCGCGCAUCAUCUCGCCAGCGAAGAACGUCGACUUCGCGCGAUCGAAGAGCUUCGCCGGAUCGCGCGCCCUGGAGGUCUGAUCCUCAUUACUGUGUGGGCCGAGAGACAGGAGGAAGGCUCGAUUGGCGCCCGGGAGUUCAGAGGCAAGGAUGUCUUCGUCCCGUGGCAUCUUCAGAAGGCCCUAGAGACUCGCAAACCUGAGAGUGAAGCCAACGAAAGGCGUCAGCCCGGCCCUGUCCUCACUGCCUCCAAGAGUAAUGGUCCGGCUUUGCCCACCUGCGGCCUUGCAGAAGAAUCCUUAGCACAUGCAGCCACGAGCUCGCCGGAAAAAGUUACUCGCGAACGCAUGGAUGUCCGGGGGGAUAAGGGGCAUGGCGAAAUUGCAGGCACGGCUCCACCGGGCGAUGGCGUUACGGGAUGCUGUGACAGGGGAGAGAAAAAAGAGGGGCGGAGCAGGCAGAGGGAGGACAAAGGAAACGACGAGGCAGUUACAACGGUUCUCCGAUACUACCACGUCUUCAGCAGGGAGGAGCUCCUGAGCCUUUGCGCUCGCGUCCCAGGCAUCGAAGUUGUGGAGUGUUACUUCGAUUCAAACAACUGGGGCGUCAUUCUUCGAAAACUCUAA